AUGGCCGGUCUCCAACACCCAUUCCAGUGUCUGCGAUAUGUCAACAGGCAGUCAGCAGGCCAAUCGGAUAUUCUUAUUGCCACUGCUGGACGCAAUCUCUACUCAUACGAUGCAUCCAGUGGUCAGCGCCUGGAUGUGUGGCCUCAACCCGUAGAUGCCAAUGCGGAUGAUAAAAGCUCUGACGCGGCUCCCGCAUCUGGAAGCCAAGGUCCCCGAGAAAAGCGAAGGAAGCUGUCUUCACCCUCCGAGGAACAGAAGGAUGCCAAAUCGGAGUCAAAUCCUAAGGAUUCGAACAAGGACGCUUCCAACUCCUGGACCAAUAUUCCUCUCUUGACUGUUGCCCAUGGCAAAUAUGUAGUGAUCAUGACCUCUGAGGACAAGUGUGUCCGAGUCCUGAGUUUGGAUAACGAAGGCAAACUCCAGCAAUUGAGUGCCCGUACAAUGCCUAAGAAGCUUUCUGCACUUACCCUGACUCCCGAUGAGAACAACAUCUUGACGGGUGACAAAUUCGGAGAUGUAUACACUUUCCCACUCAUUCCGAGUGGAGAGUACGUGAAGGUUCAGGCUCCAGCGAAACCGUAUGAACCAGCUGCCACAAACCUCACGGUGCACACGAAACGCAACCUUGAGUCAUUGGAGCAACAAAUGCGACAGGCUGCUCUGUCGAAGACCAACCAAGCAGAAAGAGCUGUGCUGAACUUCGAGCAUCAAGUCAUCAUUGGUCACGUUUCGUUGUUGACGGAUUUAAUCUCUGUGACCCGGCCUGCAGACUCGGCUGUUGGCAAGCGGAGUUACAUCCUGACUGGAGAUCGCGAUGAGCACAUCCGUGUCUCUCGUGGUGUUCCCCAAGCGCAUGUAAUUGAGCAAUUCUGCUUUGGCCACACUUCAUUUGUCAGCAGUCUUUGCGUCCCUUGCUUCGAACCUAAAGUUCUCAUCUCGGGUGGUGGCGACAACUAUCUGCUUGUGUGGGACUGGCUCGAAACCCGGAUUUUACAAAAAAUUCAGCUUCCUGGGUCGGAGGGAGAGACUACGGUGCGCGGCAUUUGGGAUGUUUCCCUUGCGCCCACGGCAGGCAAUCCCGAUUCUGUGAAGGCUAUCUUUGUUGCACUUGAUGGGUACGUUCUAACAACCAUUGAUGAUAUCUAUAUUUGUCCUAACGUCGAGAGCAGGUCUUCACAACUUCUUUGCUACACUCUCGAAAGUGACAACACGAUAACUCACCAAGAUACACUUCAGCUGUCAGGAAACGUUCUUGAACUGGUCGAUAUUGAUUCCAGAGGCUCUAUUGUUGUUGCCGUGGAUACUUUGCGCCAAUCCGAUUCGACAUGUGCUUGGAAGUCGUCUUCCCAGCCUCUUCUCGAAACAUUCCGGCUCGAUUCUGGGAAAUGGGUUCCUGUAGAGGACUUGAUGGUCAUCAAAAUCAACUCCGAAGGCACCUCAAGUCUGCCUACGAUAAUAGAGCAGAAAGAGCAGAAAGAACUCAAUGAUUCAAUGUACAACUUGGGCAACCUGCGGAAGAGAGGUGAUUACGACGAAUGA